AUGUCUACCUCCGAAAGUGCCCCCGCAUCCAUACCUCCCGAGAAUGCGGUGCCGGAGUUGGAUAUUCCAAAGCUCCAUGACCUCCCAUCCGAACAACAAGACCUCUACCUGCUCACCUUCACCUCCGACUUAGUCCAGUACAUAUCCGGCCUCGAUGCGGCGCAGGUCUCCGCGAAGCAAAAGUCACUCAAAAAGGAAUUGUUCAAGAUCCUGACCCUCUCCUCCCCGACCCUCACUCGAGUACUCCGCAAUAACCUUGGACGAUGCUUUGGUGCUAUUUUAGCGAAAGGGGAUCGCGGGAUCCUCUUCGAGACAAUUACCGACUUGCUAGGGAUAUUGAGCGCUGGAAAAAGCGACGCUGAGCUCAAGACCAAGUUCGCAGCGGUGCACUGUCUGGGCGAGGUAUUCGUGACCGCUGGCGAGAGCGCAUUCAUGCAAUCUAAUGUUGCGACGGCGGGAACACUUAAGCUGCUCAAGUCGGCGAGCAGUCAUACUGGCUUGCGCGGCGUUAUAUUCUCAGUCUUACGCAAGAUUAUUGUUGGCCUCGGUGUCCCAAUUGACGAAUCAGUUGCGCGCGACAUCUGGAAACAGGCGCGUAAUGCGGCCACAAGCGACAAGUCUACUUUCGUCCAGGUUCAUGCGUGUCGCUGCAUGGAACAGUUGAUUAACACAACGCCUUUCUUCGAUAAUACGAACGACUUCGAGAAUCUGAAAACCACCAUUUGGAAGGUCAUUGAUAGUCCGGUCGCGCCAGUUCGCCAUGCUGCUGCUGCGGUUCUUGGACGAGCACUGGUCAAACUACAUGUCACCGAGGCACACGUCAUUGCGGUACCCAAACCCAAGUCGAAGAAAUCUAACCGGAUGUCCAAAAAGCCAGCCGCUCGACCCGGUGAGGAGGACGAGGACGACAUGUCCGAGUCCUCUACGGCGGCAGCCAGCACGACUAAGAAGGAUGCGCGGUUGUACUUCCUCCUCCCUGAUCUCCUGCGACAGCUAUCCUCCCAGUACUUGAAAAGUACGACCUCAAACCGUACACGCGCUGGGAUUUGCUUAUGUUAUAAAUACGUGCUUCGCAACCUGGGAGAUAAAAUUGUGGAGGAACGGUACGGCCAGAUUGCGUCGAACCUGCUGUUCGAUUUGCUGAACCACCCGACGGUCACAUACAUCCGAUUCCGACUCCUUAUGACCCGCAAAUUUGUAAAGUCUAUCCUCGAGGACACAAUUGGCCGGGAGCUGCUUCGGGAGAACAGCCAGCUGAACGCCGCUAGAUGGCUUAUCAAUGAAGUCCUAAAAGACUAUCCACAGGUUAUCCAAGAGCGUCGCGAGCCAAGCAAGUAUGCCUUGACAAGCACUGUCAGCGCGCUCUCGUCGCUGAUCUCUUCACUUGGAUCUGCAUUCGCAGUUCUUGCGGACAGCUGCCGUGAUGCGUUACUUCAAGUCCUUCCCCAUCCAAGCUAUACAGUUCAAAUUCACGCGGCGCACUGCUUGCGUGGGUUUGUGCUAGCGUGCCCACACCAGCUUCUCUCCUGCGUCACUAUUUGCAUGAACAGCUUAAACAGAGAGAUUGGCCAGCUCGCCACCCCGAGGCAGUCUCCCCGUCGCUGCGUUGGUUAUGCGAACGGUCUCUCCGCAAUGCUAAGCACCUCCCGCCUUCAACCUCUCUAUGGAGCUGUGGAUGUAUUCGCUCAGAUUUUCACCCAAGCAACGGAUCUUUUGAAGAUUAGCACAACAUCUGAGCUACGGGUUGCAAGUACCCAGGUCCAGACGGCCUGGAUAUUGAUUGGUGGAUUGAUGCCCCUUGGACCUAGUUUUGUCAAGAUUCAUCUCUCCCAGUUGAUGCUGCUCUGGAAGAAUGCCUUGCCAAAGCAUUUGAGCAAGGAAAACUCCGCUGCACCGAGCACACUGGAGACGAGUUUCCUGGCUCAUGUGCGGGAGUGCGCCCUCAGCGCCUUGCUGGUCUUCAUGGAAUUCAAUAGCAAGCUUAUCACUGCUGAUGGUGCAAAGAGGAUUGCGGGCAUGCUGCAGAACACUGUUGAAUUCUUGAAUGAAGUGCCACGACCAAAGUCUACGGAGGAAAUCUCACAGCGUCUGCAUCCAUCUUUGCAACUAAAUGACUUCACGACCAUGGUCCGCCGCCGAGUUCUUCAGUGCUUCUCGAAGUUGGUACAUGUCCAUCAUCCUAGCCAUGGGGACAUCAUAUCACAGUCUAACCUUCUGAACCUUGCCAUUUCUGCGUUCGCCGACCCGGACACUCAAAUUCGACCGUUGGAGAGCUCCAUCGCAGCCGCGACUGGUCAGUUCGAUGGUCUGUGGGAUCUUUGUGAUAAUUACGGGUUUGGCGUCACUGGACUUGCCCGGGAAUACAUUAAGGUUGCCCUGACUGGAUCUCACGGUAACGAGAACGGCCCAGCCUGGUCCGCUAUCGAUUCUGUGGACCAAGCUGUGGAUGAUGCAUUGACAUUCCCCAUUUGUGAAGCCAGCGAGCAUGAUUCAGUGCUUCUGUACAGCUUGCGCGCGGGCGAUUCUCUAUGUGUGGACCCCCCUACAACAGGAGUCGUCAACGCGGCCAUUGACCUGUUCUCGGUCGCCAUUGCCCUUCACUCGCCCAAGAUGCAGGAAAGCAGUGUCGAGCAAAUCGCCACCUUUUUAUCCUCACCGACUCUUCAGAGGAACCCUGGAAGGAGAGCUGCACUAGUAGUCAAUAUUUCUGUCGCCCUUCUCCAUGCGUUGAAGGUGGCGGUUAAGGAAACCGAUUUCGUGGCUGGAAAGCUGAAUUCAUCUACGGACAAGAUCUUGCAGGAGCUCAUUCAGAAAUUCGUUGUCGACCACGACCCUAUUGUUCGCACUAUCGGAGUUGAGGCUCUGGGGCGGUUGUGUGACAGCGCUGGAAAUGCAUGCACGAACACGCAGGUCAAUUGGCUUGUGGACACCAUUGUCGCUAACAGGGAACCGAAUGCCCGAGCUGGCUGUGCCGCUGCUUUGGGAUGUAUUCACUCCCAGAUCGGAGGUAUGGCAGCUGGUCUGCACCUCAAGACCAUCGUCGGCGUGCUGAUGUCUCUUUGCAACGAUCCUCAUCCUGUGGUGCACUUCUGGGCUCUUGGUGGCUUGGAGAGAGUGGCAAACUCUGCUGGCUUGACAUUCUCACCUUUCGCCUCCAGCUCCUUGGGCAUGCUUGCUCAGCUCUACAAUGCCGACACUCACAAUGAAGAAGCAGCCACGCUCGCAACUUCCAACAUCGAGAUGUCGUUCUUGACCCCGGUGGUCAUUAGUCGAUGCGUGGAUUCGCUGAUCAACGUCCUCGGGCCGGACUUGCAGGACGUUGCGAAAACCCGCAACCUGAUCCUUACUCUGCUUCGCCAAUUCCAGUUGGAAGAAAGCCCCGCGCUGGUAACGGAAAGCUCCAAAUGUUUGGAUCACUUCUCUCUCUACGCCCCAAGUUUCGUAGACUUUGCUGGAUAUGUCAAGCGCUUGCAGGGCGAGCUCCGCGCAAGCAACUCCUUAAUGCGAGAUGUGGCUGUCCGCGGUCUCAGUAACUUGAUGAAAAGAGAUGCUACUUUAGUUGUACAAACAGCCACUGCAACGCUCGAGGAUGACAUUUGGCUUGCGUUUGAUGACGCGCCAGACAACAGACCUCUAAAGACAAUGAUUCAGGAAUGGCUGCAGCAGACUGCUCUUACCGAAACCGAGUUGUGGAUUCAUCGCUGUCAAAACAUUAUGACGAAAACCCGCUUUAAGGUCGAGGUUCCACUAACUACUGCUGUCCAGACGGCUGCAGCUGACAUCCCCGACGAUGAAGUUGCUGGCUUCGCAGCUGCGGUUGCCGGUGAAGGCCAAGCUGACCCUACCAGUGAUGGUGUCUCUGGCCAAGAAUUAUUGAAGUGGCAGACUCGCAAUUUCGCCAUGAGCUGCCUGUACGAGCUGCUGGCAACUGUCCAGGAAGCUAUAUUACCGGACCAAGCCAUUCCUGCCGAAUUGGCGCUGCAAUCCAAGGUUGGAGACAUCGUGCGAAUGGCGUUCUCGGCGUCCACUGCUAAUGUCAUCGAACUGCGAGUGUGGGGUCUGAAGAUCAUUGAUCAAGUCCUGACUAUGUUCGGAAAGACACCGGAUCCAGACUUUGCUGAGGCGUCUCUGCUUGAGCAAUACCAAGCUCAGAUUGGAUCUGCUCUAACUCCAGCUUUUGCGGUCGACUCUUCUGCCGAGCUUGCUUCUGAGGCAAUCAACGUGUCGGCCACGUUCAUCGCUACCGGCAUAGUGACGAAUGUGGAUCGUAUGGGCAGAAUUCUCAAGCUUUUAGUCCUUGGUCUGGAGAACUUUGCGAAGAAUCCUGAGACCACCGAGAUUGGUGACCUGAAGGGUUUAAACUCUAAUGCAAGAGUAAUGGUCAAACUUGCUCUCUUCUCUGCAUGGGCUCGGUUGCAGGUCGCAAGCAUCGAACAGGAGUAUCUCAGCCAAGUGGUUCAGCCGUACCUUGCUAGGUUGACGCCGCUGUGGCUGUCUUCCCUCCAAGAGUAUGCCCGCUUGCGAUUCGAGCCGGAUAUUUCGGGAGCUCUGGGCACGAGUACGCAGAGCAAUGACUUGGACGAAGUAUACGCUGCAUUGAACCGUGAAACGUUGCUUAAGUUUUAUCAGGACACCUGGCUCCAUUUGGUCAAUGCUAUUGCAGGUCUUGUCGAAAAGGAUAUUGAUUUCGUGUUCGACGCUUUGGACGGCAAACUGCAAAUAGCCGAGGAGGCAGAUAAAUCUGACAGCGCCGACAAGAAAAGCGACGAUGAGGAAGAAAUGGACAAGACUUUAACAAAUGGCGAGUCCAAGGACAAAGGCCACGACAUCAACUACCGAGAAGAACCGGUUGCCUUUUUCUUUGUGUUGUUCGGCCUUGCCUUCGAGGCCCUUGUUGAUCAAUCAACAUUGGCUUCUCAGCGACUUGAGAUUCUACAGGCACUGAAGAGAAUUUUGAGACCAAUUAUUUCCGGAAAUGCGAUCUAUCAGGACGCCAUUUUCUCUGAAACCAUGGACACCUUUGAUCGGCUUGUGCUGACUGAGGCCAUCCCUAUUCAGACUGUCAUCGUGGAGAUAGCACAGAACCUGUCCUUGGAUCAUCCAGCAGCACAAAGCGACCAAGAGCGAAGCGAUCAUCUCUCUGAUGAUAUCGAGCAGCUCUUCGAGCUGACUAGAAGUAUCAUUCUUGUUCUUGCUGGCUUGCUUCCUAAUCUCCGUGAAUCAACUCCUAUGGCACGCUUCAACGUUACGUCGGAUGAUUCUCUUGCGUUGAUUCGCUUGGCCCUUGGAUCUCUUGUUGACGUUGCCUCGGUCUUCCCGUCUGUCAUCCGCAACGAUCUUCACGCCUGUAUACUGCACAUCUUCACCACCAUUCUCGCUACCGGUAUCUGCCAGACCGAGGUCGUUCCGCAAGCCCUUCCCAUCUUCCGACAGUUCGUCCAGAGCAUUACCCAGUUCUCUGAAACCCCGGAGGACAUUGACGUAGUAGCUUUCCAGCUGCGUGGCUGCCUUACUCGAUUCCUGACCAUUCUCACGAUUGCCCAGCGCCGAGAAUCGGACUCUUCGAUUCCAUGCGCCAAGAAUACCCUUUUGGCCAUUACUUUCCUCCUAACGGCUGGUGGACAUGUUCUUCCGCCCCAGGACCCCGUCAUCAACCGAGUGCUUGACGAGCUACUGGAUUGUUUGCAGGAUGUUGGGCUUGCGACCGUAGCUGCCAGCUGCCUCCGAUCCAUCCUUACCAAGUCAGGCCCCCGCUACAUGACGGACGAUGUAAUCGCCCACUACCUUAUUCCGCGCCUGAUUGCCUUCCUCGUCAGCUGCCCCACCGAUUCUGGCGAAGUCCCUAGCGACCCUGAGAAUUCUCGCACGGUCGUUGCACGCACUCUUGUAUCGUGCGUGACCAGCACUACUCUCUCACCAGCCGCAAUGCCUACCAAGAUCUCGCUUGUUAUGUCUGCUCUCCUAGCACGUGCUAAGCGGGAUGGGCAGUCCGUUCACCGAGAGUCUGCCGCUUACCUACUCGAGCUCGCCAAGGCAGACCAAGUCAUCUUCCGCACCUUGGUUGCCAACAUGAAUGCAGAGCAGAAGGCCCUUCUCGAGGAGGUCCUUCGCAGUGCAGGUAUUGGUGCUGGAACAUCGAAGUCGGGUGAUGCGGAAGAAAACAUGCAACAGGCCGCGCCGACUAUUGCUCUGCGUAUGGAUUUCUAA